AUGACAGAAGCCAACUCAAAGAAGCAGAGAUUCAAAAAGGGUCGGAGCGCUACGUUCAGUAUUGAUGGAUUCAGCUUCACCAUAGUAGCCAAUGAGGAUGGUGAGAACAGCAGCAGGCCACUGGCAAGAUUUGCCCGUUCGAAGUCCCAGAAUGCACUGUGGAAUGCCAUCACAGCAGGGAUGGGUAUCAAAGAUAAAAGUAAAGGCCAGAGGAGCAUCCCCGACGACCCGCGGAGUCCUGAGGAGAUUUUGGCUGAAGAUUUUCCCGCUGCGGACGGACCAGACGCCGCGGAGAAAACCGCCAUCAGGAGAAAAUAUAAGAAGACGUCACAGAGGUUACGGUGUCUCGUGAAGCAGUUAGAAAGAGGAGAGGCCUCCCUGGUGGACCUUAAGAAAAACCUUGAGUAUGCAGCCUCCGUGCUUGAAUCAGUGUACAUUGAGGAAACAAGGCGGUUGGUGGACACUGAAGAUGAGCUCAGUGAUAUCCAGUCAGACUCAGUGCCAUCGGAGGUGCGUGAUUGGCUGGCCUCCACCUUCACGCGUCAGAUGGGCCUGAUGCUGAGGAGGACUGAGGAGAAGCCGCGUUUCAGGAGCAUCGUCCAUGCGGUGCAGGCUGGAAUAUUCGUUGAAAGGAUGUAUCGCCGUACCUCUAACAUGGUGGGUCUGAGCUACCCUCCAACUGUUAUAGCUGUACUUAAGAAUGUAGAUAAAUGGUCAUUUGAUGUAUUUGCGCUGAAUGAGGCAAGUGGAGAUCACGCAUUGAAAUUCAUAUUCUAUGAACUUCUGACCAGAUAUGAUCUCAUCAGUCGAUUUAAGAUCCCCAUCUCUGCGUUGGUGUCAUUUGUGGAGGCUCUGGAGGUGGGCUACAGCAAGCAUAAAAACCCCUAUCACAACUUAAUGCAUGCGGCUGACGUCACACAGACUGUGCACUACUUACUGCUGAAAACUGGGAUGGUGCACUGGUUAACAGAGCUGGAGAUUUUUGCUAUGAUCUUUGCUGCUGCUGUCCAUGACUAUGAGCACACCGGGACCACAAACAACUUUCACAUCCAGACAAGGUCAGACACAGCCAUUCUGUACAAUGACCGCUCUGUGCUGGAGAGCCAUCACGUCAGCGCGGCAUAUCGCCUCCUGCAGGACGACGAUGAAAUGAACAUCCUCUACAAUCUCUCCAAAGAUGACUGGAGAGAGUUACGAGCAUUGGUGGUGGAGAUGGUACUGGCCACAGACAUGUCCUGUCACUUUCAGCAAGUCAAGGCCAUGAAGAACUUUCUACAGCAGCCAGAGGGGAUUGAUAAAUCUAAGGCUCUGUCUCUGCUGCUACACACUGCUGACAUCAGUCAUCCAGCUAAGAACUGGGACCUACACCAUCGCUGGACCAUGUCCCUCUUAGAGGAGUUUUUCAGACAGGGUGAUAAGGAGGCUGAGCUAGGCUUACCUUUCUCACCACUCUGUGACCGCAAAUCAACCAUGGUCGCCCAGUCUCAGAUUGGGUUUAUCGAUUUCAUCGUGGUCCCCACGUUUACUGUCCUGACCGACAUGACUGAGAAGAUUGUCACUCCUCUCAUUGACGAAGCCGCCCACUCUGGCCUGGCGGGCUUCCGCAGAUCAAGUCUGAGUAGUUUAAGUUCAGCGGACGCUAAGCGUGGCAGUGUAAACAGCACGGGGUCAGACACCAGUGCAGCUCAUAACUGUUCCUUGCUGGCCGUUGACCUGAAGAACUUCAAGGCUAUCUGGAAUGAGGAGGUCUACCAGAACAGGGAGCGGUGGAAAGCACAGGCAGCCAAAGAGACAGAGGAGAAAGCCAAGCGUGAGGCAGAGGAGUUGGCCCAGCAAGCAGAAACUGUGGGGGAGCAAACAGAGCCUGGACAGCCAGGAGGACCAGAACUGGAAGGUGAAGAGAAAGGGGAAUCAGAUCCUGAAGGAAUUAAUGGAUCACCCAACCAGAGCUCUCACGACAGCAUGACAGAGACCAGACAGAGUAACCAGCAACUACACAAUGGAGAGGUAUCAGAAGAAGCCUCUUCACCAGAGGGCGAGGACAACAUGAGUAAAACAAUCAAAGUACAACCACCUUUCAAAAGAAAUCAUUUGUCGUCCUUCACAGAGCCUGAAGAUGACUAA